AGCCACAUUCAUCUUCUACAAUCUCCACUCAUUCAAGCAAAACCCCCAGAAAGAAAAACAAUGGGACUUUCACUUUCUUUUAAACCCUUUUCUCUGCUCUUCAUGAUUUUGGUGUUCUCUAUUGGUAACACUAGUAUUCAUGCAAGUGACUCUUCUCUAACACUGGACUACUAUGCUUCUACUUGUCCCGCUGUUUUUGAUAUUAUCAGGAAAGAGACUGAGUGUGCUGUGCUUUCUGAUCCUCGAAGCGCAGCCAUGAUAGUUCGACUACAUUUUCAUGACUGCUUUGUUCAGGGAUGUGAUGGUUCAGUGUUGCUAGAUGACACAGUAACCUUAAAAGGAGAGAAGAAUGCUUCUCCUAAUGUACACUCUUUGAAAGGUUUUGAUAUCAUUGAUGGGAUCAAGAACAUGGUCGAAUCAGAGUGCCCUGGAGUUGUCUCAUGUGCUGAUAUUCUCACCAUUGCAGCAAGAGAUGCUGUGAUUCUGGUUGGUGGACCUUACUGGGAUGUUCCAGUUGGAAGAAAGGAUUCUAUCACUGCAAGUUAUGCACUUGCAGACACAAAUAUUCCCACAGCAAAUGAGGGCCUUAUUCCUAUCAUUAGCAAAUUUAUGUAUCAAGGCCUCUCUGUUAAAGAUAUGGUAGCUCUUGCAGGAGCUCACACCAUUGGAGUGGCAAGGUGUGAGAACUUUCGGGACCGGAUUUAUGGCGAUUUCCGAGCAACUUCUGGGUUGAAUCCAAUCUCAGCAUCAUACCUGAGUAGCUUGAGAUCCAUUUGCCCACCAAUUCAUGGAGGUGAAAACAACAUAACAGCCAUGGACAAUGUCACACCCAACCUUUUUGACAACUCAUUCUAUCACACUCUACUCAAAGGAGAAGGACUAUUAAGCUCUGACCAAGAAAUGUAUUCUAGUGUGUUUAGUAUCCAAACUAGGGAGCUUGUCAAAUUGUAUGCAACUGAUCCACUAGCUUUCUUCAAUCAAUUCUCUGAUUCAAUGAUCAGGAUGGGAAACAUUACCAAUUCGGAGAGCUUUGUUAAUGGAGAAGUGAGGAAAAAUUGCAGAUUUAUCAACACUUAAUUAGAUGAGCAUCCAUUUGAUAUUUAAAUGUUAAAAAUAUGUAAAACAACAGGUGGGGUUUGAUUGUUUUUGUCUCAUUAUUCAUUUUAAAGUACCACAAAAAAUGUGCGUCUAUUUAUGUAUUGUGUUGAAAAUUUUAUUAUUGUGUAACUUUGUAAGAGAAUUAUACUGGAAUGAUACCCACAUUUGAUCUA